GAAUGCGAUAGAGACCCCGUCUGACUCUAGGUUUGCGUCCAGCUUGGUCAUGGAGAGCCAACAUUCAGCGAUCGAGGCCGACGGCUCGAGAGUAGUGGAAACAACCCGAAAUGAGAACGGCCGAAGAACGACUACAGUAGAGCACACGCAUCCCGAUGGGCGUUUGGAAGUGAUCACUAUAGUUGAUGGCGAGGCCGGUCCACAGUCGAGUGACAUGGGUUGUCAUGGUAACGGCAGCAAAGUGUCCAACGAUAGCAUGGAGGAUAUCGAAGAGACGAAUAGUCGCGACGGAGGGGCCAAGACAAAGAAUCGGAUGUCGGUGUCUUGGUCGUGGUAG